ACAACUAAUCGGUAAUGCGUUACUCAUCGGUAUAUCCAAAACAUAUAUAAAGCAAGUAGAAGUUGAAGGAAGAUGAAGGCCUUUUUCUGCGUGUUGCUCUUAGGAGCAUUUUUAUUGGUAUUGCGCCCUACUGGGACCAGCGCCAGGCAUAUUCGUAAGACCGCACCUGAAAGACUGUCCAUAACUCUUUACUAUGAGACACUGUGUCCCGAUUGCAUGGAAUUUGUAACCGAACAGUUGUAUCCUUCGAUGAGAAAGCACUUGCCCUUCACGGAGCUCACAUUGGUGCCGUAUGGCAAUGCACAGAAAAUGGCAAAUGGUCGAAUAAUCUGUCAGCACGGACCCAAGGAGUGUGAACUUAAUGCCGUCCAUGCCUGCAUUUUGGAGCAUUUUGAUAUUAAAAGGGCUCUAUUACUAAUCGAAUGCAUGAUGCACAAUUGGACUAAUCUGCUACCCCAAUGCUCCUCCCGUUAUAACCUCAAUGUAGAUGAUGUUAACAAUUGCAUUCGGACCCGGACUGUUGAUGAAAUACUCAAAAAAUAUGGAGAAGAAACGGUUCCCCACAACGGUGUGCCAGCCAUAGCUGUUGAUAAUCACUACAAUAUCACGGAGCAGAACUUGCUAUCAGACCACUUCGAUAGGGUAUUCUGUGCUAAAUAUUUUGCCAAAUUCAAUAAAAAACUUCCCAAUUGUUAAGCAUCUGUGUAAACUGUGUAGCUAUAUUUUUGUUAUUUUACAUUUCCUAAUGUAAAUAUGAAUUUUUUAAAAGUUAACCAACAAUGAAACCACAAUGAAACCCUACAGUUAGGCUUAAGGACUAAAGUGAAACUGUUACCAGGACCUGGAAUGUAAAGAAACCACAAACCUUUAAUCCAAAAUCGAUUACUUUUUUACUUGAAAAUAAAAUCGAAACCAUAAUACAUUUAAAAAUACUA